CUCAGCUGAUGUAUAUCUUUGGAGCAAGAUAACAGAACUGUUGUACAAGGAUGAACGUUAUUGCCUGACGCCUCCAGGACCAACUGAAGCUGUUGGCUAUUUUCUUUAUCACUUGAUUGACAGCAUGAGUGACUCAGAGGUACAGGCCAAGGAGGAGCGUUUGAGACAAUACUUCCAUCAGCUGAAGAAGAUGAAUGUAGUUAUCCCUACAACCUACUACAGCGGCAUUUGCAGACUGCUGGACUCCUCUCAAGUUCCUGAUUUAAUUAAGGAUCUAAGGUUACUACUUCCUCAUAGAAAAACUGCUGAUAACAUUCCAGAAAGUGCUAAAUCUGACGUGUCUGCUUUGGAGAUGAAACUAGAAAAGCGAAAAGCUGAAAACCAGCCCAUUACAGAUGUCUUGAAACAACUCAUACAUGCUCUUUGUGAAGAAGAGAAUAUGCAAAAAGCCCUUGAAGUGAAAGCCAAAUAUGAACCGGACAUGGUUGUCGGUGGCUAUGCAGCCUUAAUAAAUUUGUGCUGUCGACAUGAUAAUGUAGAAGAAGCAAUGAACCUGAAAGAAAAAGUCUUCCCUAAGAAUUCAUCUGUUGCUCUUGACGUGGGAAAGUACAUAGCGCUGGUAGAGGUCUUAGCAAAGCAUGGCAGAGUAGAAGAUGCUAUUAAUGUUCUAAAGGAGAUGAAAGAGAAGGAUGUUCCUAUCACGGAUAGAAGAGUUCCAUCUUUUUUCCGCGUUCUUAAUGCUGCAGCCAUGCGAGGUGAAGUCGAAACGGUGAAUCGGUUACACGACACCAUUGUGAGCCUCGGCUUGGCAGAAACUGCUGUCCUCUAUUCUCCACUGAUUACAGUCCACCUUGAAAAGGAUGACAUGCCUGCAGCUUUCGAAGCAUUAAUGGACUGUUACAAGAAGCAUGGCAAAAUUCUGCAGCUUCAUAACAUCUACUGUAGACUGAUAGAGAAAGGAGAUGCUGAUCUUCUGCAAAAGGUUUCAGAUUUUAUAAGCAGAGAAUAUGGUGACAUGAUGGCUCUUUAUGAUCUCUUCUUUGCCUUCUUGCAAACAGGAAAAUACAAAGAGGCCAGGAAGGUCAUUGAGACUCCAGGCUUGAGAGCACACUCAGGAAGGUUGCAGUGGUUUGCAAAAAAGUGCAUCUCAUCUAAUCAGAUGGAGAUUUUGGAAAACUUGGUAGAAUUAACUCAAAAUCUGUUUGAGUGUGAUAGAGAUGAGAUGUACUACUGUCUCCUUCAGCUGUGUGACAACAACGAUGACUGGAGAAAGGCUGAAGCUAUUUGGACUAAAAUUCAAGAAGAAAAUGUUGUUCCUCGUGAGAAAACAUUAGUCUUAAUGGCUAAUAUAUUAGAGAGAAAUGGUCAGGCUGUCCCAUUUGAGGUGCCUAAGCCUAGACAGGAAGAUUCUCCAAGUUCAAGUGCUGCUAAUUUGGAAGAAAGUAAAAUAAGGAUGCUUUGCAAGAAAAAUAAUGCAAAAGAGGCCUACAGCAUUUUCCAGGAAACGAAAGAGAGCAGAGAGUUUAACUAUCGUACUUACAUCAUAUUAAUAAAAGCACUGUUGUCACAGGGUCUUAUUGAAGAAGCCAUGCAAGUAAAACACACUGCUGAGACCCACAUCAAGGGCUUCACACUGAACAGUGCUGCCAGCAGCCUCCUCAUCAUAUCGCAAGUUAGGCGGGAUUAUUUGAAAGAUGCCAUGGCUGUUUUAAAAGGAAUGCUCGACAGUGGCCUGCUGCCUUCUAGACUAGCUACUUCAAGGCUUGUUCAGGCUCUGGCAAUGAAAGGGGAUCUGAAGAACCUACAGGCACUUGAAGGCAUGCUGGAAGGCAUCACAAAAUCAAUUGGUUUAUCUCCCUCACUAAUCAUAAAUUCCAUUGCACUGGCUUAUGUUAAGAACAAUGACCUCGAUGCUGCGUUGAAAUACACUGAGCCUCUGCUUAUCUCCAGUGCACAGAAUUCUGAUCAAGCCAACAGGAAUAUCUCCUAUUUGUUAAGGAUGUUGUCUGAGGAGAAAUUAGAGCCAGCUUUGGAAAAAUUUGUCGCCAUGGCAGAACGAUUAGCCAGUGAAUUUGGGAUUUACAGGCCUAUCGCAGAUCUCUUCCUUCAGUACGUGGACUCGGGUAGAGUGCAGGACGCCCGAUCACUACUAGAGAGAUGUGGUGCAUUAGUUGGGGAGAAGAAAGCCAUAGUGAAUUUUAUGGCUAAAUCAUCCUCUAAACAAGGACAGGCCAAGAAGAUAGAGACCCUUCUAGAGCUGAUUCCUGAUCAUCUAGACCUGGCAGUUGCAUACCGCUACCUCAUAAAAUGUCAUGAAUCAGAUGGAGAUGUUGCUUCUCUAAAGGCUGUGUAUGAGAAAACGAAAGAAAAGAACAUACAGCUUAAUGAGAUCUCUCUGAAAUCCAUAGCAGCUUUUCUGAAAAAUGCAGGCGAAUCUGUCCCUUUCACUGAGCCCCCUGAGUCCUUCAAAUUCUAUGUGGAAAAAUUGAGGAAAAGCAGAGCUGAAGCAUCAUGA